ACUUUUGAAAUGUUGAAUGACACCUCUGUCAGGGCAGUUUGAUUUUUGCUAAAGUAUUUAUAUUUUGAUUGAAAAAGUAAUUUGCAAACAUAUCCAACCGACUAGAACUACUUGCAAUGGUUUAAACAUGCUGCAGGAAAAAAUCUAAGGAGAAGAUCAUUCAAGUUCAGUAUGAUCCGGAUUUAAUUAUAGGGCCCUGAUAUUGCUUGCGAUUUAUCGGGAAAUAAUUCUGGACAUUCGUCAGUUACGAAUUUGUAGGUCUUUACCAAAGUGAGGUUACACGGUCACGAUAUGGACUCAGGAGAUUGGUCUCAUCGUUAUGGGGACUACAAUGGUCGUGAAAACUAUUUGGAUGCCCCUGAUUUGACCAGGAGACUUCCGGUUCAUGAUGAGUAUUAUCUUAAUAGGGAGCAUUUGCCUCAAUAUACAAGCCCAAAGCCAUACCAGAGCCCUGAAGAAGUUUCAGUUAAACGGUAUAUUGGGUCUGGAGUUGCUUUUGCUAGUCUUAUUACUGAAAACCUACUCAGCCACCCCUUUCUAGUCCUAAGAAGACAAUGUCAAGUGAACCAUUCAUCUAGGAUAUAUCAUUUAUUGCCAUUCACUUUACUUCCCCCUGUGUGCCAUUUGCAACAGCAUCAAGGGCUUACUACCUUAUGGAAGGGUCUGGGAUCAGUGCUUCUUGUAAGGGGCAUGUCCCUGGGAGUGGAAGAUUUACUUUCCAAAUUAACACCUUGGCCGAAAGAAAUAAGUCCGCAUAGCAGCCUAAAGCAAUUUUUCCAACAUACCAUGUUGAAGUGCGUUAGCUUGGCAGUAGUUACUCCUUUCUAUUCCGCAUCUUUCGUGGAAACAGUCCAAAGCGAAAUAGCAAGUGAGAGGCCAGGAACCUUGGACGUGUUCCGAGAGGGUUUUAUAAGACUAUUAACUUGGGGGGCUCCCGCCAAAGGGCGAAUGCUGCCAAUCUGGGCCCUCAUUCUUCCGACAAUCACCUUAGGGCUAGCUAAAUACUUGUUUUCUAUGAUGGUCAAAGGUGUUGCCACAUGGGUGCUGAAUAUUCGCCAGAAUAAUAAGUGGCAAAAAACUGGAACAAUUCCCAAAGAUAGUAACCCAGCAAUGGAAGACAUUAAUUUGUCGGCGUCAUUAAUAGCAACAAUAUCCAGCGACAUUGUUUUCUAUCCAUGUGAGACCAUUGUUCAUCGAUUACAUUUGCAGGGGACGAGAACAAUUGUCGAUAACUUAGGCGACGGCAGGUCAGUAUUGCCAAUUUUAACCAAUUACAGCGGGGCUCUGGACUGUUACUCGAAAUGCAUCCUAACCGAGGGAACCACUGGUUUGUACAAGGGCUUUGGAGCACUGAUUCUUCAAUAUGUGGCCCACAUAGCCUUAAUUAAAAUUUCAAGAUUCGUUUUAACCGAAGUAGGGGCGUUGCUGAAGAAACCAGAACCCAAACUUCCAAACCCAGUGGACGAUUCGCCUCCAGCUAUUUCAAAUGUGACAAACCCACCAAAGUCUUAUUUGCUACCAUAAUUUUUAUUGCUCUUUAGUACUUUAUAGUACUCACUUAUGGGAGUUGAAUUAUUGUCAAAGUAAGAUGUUCCUUUUAUUUUUUUUUCAUGUCCUAGUUUCAUUAAUUACUUUUCAAAUUGUGGCUAAAAAAGUUUGACUCGUUACUUAGGAAUAUUUGAUAGUGUUAAAUGGACUGUGCAUAUUGAAUAUGUUAUUAAUAAAUUAUUUAUGUUGAAAUCAACUUUCAGUUCUAGAUUGUAACACGAACUGUUUGCCUUGUGUUUUAUGUGUACGUUCGUUUUCACUUCAUUAAUAGACGCUCAAACUCG